AUGUUUUUUUUUUUACUUUUAACAUUCUUUCUUUCAUCUUUCUUUUUCUUUCUUUGGUUUUUACUUUUUUCUGUCAUUAAGAUGUUUUUCUGUUGUUUACUUCAUCUAUCUUUGCUUUUUUUCUGUCCUUGCUCUUCUUUCUUUUUCUCUUUCUUUUAUCUUUCUUCCUUGUUUUUAUCCUCUUUGCUUAUUUCAUUCUUUCUUUCUUUCUUUCUUUCUCGUUUUUACCCUCUUUGCUUUCAUUCUUUCUUUAUUUCUCGUUUUUACCCUCUUUGCUUAUUUCAUUGUUUCUUUCUUUCUUUCUUUCUUUCUUUCUUUCUUUCAUUGCAAGCAUUGUUGUUCAUCCUUUCGAUGAAUUAUUCAUUCUUUCUUUUAUCUUUUUUCCUUCCUUCCUUUCUUUCUUUGCAAGCAUUAAUCUUCAUCUUUCGAAGCAUUAGUCUUUCUUUCUUUCUUUCUUUCUUUUUUUCUUUCUUUCUUUCUUUCUUUGGAAGUACUAUUCUUCAUCCUGUUGAAUCAUUAUUCUUUCUUUCUUUCUUUCUUUCUUUCUUUCUUUCUUUCUUAUUUCUUUUACUUUUUAAUUCUCCUCUUUCAGUUCCUUUUCAUGCUUUUCUUGUUUCUUUAUAUUUUAUUACUUUCAUUUUCAUUAUUUUUCAUUUUCAUCCUUUUUCUCUUUGUCUGGUGUUUUUCAUUUUCUUCCUCCUUUUUUGUUAUACAUCAUGCCUAUGA